CGAUACAUCAAUCAAGUCGCUCCAUUCACGAUCGACAAUUACUCAUCGAUACUUAAAAAUACCAUCCCUACGAUAACUUCUUAGUCGUUCUAAGAUUACAAAAAGAAGGGUCCAAAUCUCCAACAAGCACACGACCAAAGGCACACGAUCAAAAUGAAGGUCUUUUCAAGCGAUUGCAAAUUCGAUUACUCAUGGGAAGAAGUCUCAACUGCAAACUGGAGAAAGUAUUGUCCAUGGAAUCACAAAUCUACCCAUGUUAUCGCCGUCGAUACAUUAUCACGACAUGUAGAUGCUGAAACUGGAAUUUUACGAACCGAACGUUUAAUCACCUGCCAACAAUCAGCUCCAAAAUGGCUUCAAUCUCUCAUGGGCGGUAAAGAUACAUCCCACGUCUUCGAAACCUCAUAUGUCGAUCCGAUUACCAAAAAAGUCACAAUGACCUCUACCAAUCUUACAUUUUCCAAUAUCAUCAAUGUGCAAGAAACCGUUGUCUAUCAACCUCUAUCGGCAAACACAACACAAUUUGUACAAACGGCACAGAUUACUGCAUUAUGUGGUGGAUGGCAAAAAGUGAAGAAUGCCGUUGAAGACGCGACAGUUACGGCUUUCUCGGAAAAUGCACGAAAAGGAAAGGAGGGAUUCGAAGCAGUUUUGGCGAUGAGCAGGAGUGUAUUCAGCGAGGAAAAAAUGAGACAGCAACAAGCGGCUACUGUUACUGCAUAA